AUGCUUGAGCCACAAAUACGGCUUCGUCAAGCAAUUAAAGAAGGGAAUUUAUUAGUUGUAAAGAGAUUAUUAAAACGGUUCCCUGAUUUAUUAGAAAAUAUAGAUUCAUCAAAUGGUUGGACUUCAUUACAUUAUGCAGCUUUCAAUGGUUGGUAUUUGAUUUGUGUUCAUUUGAUAAGUUUAGGUCAUGAUAAAAAUGAAGUUUUGAAAACUUUUAAACAAAAUACAAGUGUUCAUUUAAGUUUAAUGAAUGGUCAUGAACAAACUACACAUUUAUUAUUACAACAUUUCCCCAAAAUUUUGAAUUUAAAAGGUGAUGAAGGUUUAAACCCUUUGCAUAUUUCAUGUAUUAAAAAUCAUUUCAAAUGUGUUGAAAUGCUUUUAGCCAUUGGUGCUGAUUUACAAAUGUGUGAUGAUGAUGGUAAUAAUUCUUUACAUUUAGCUAUGAAAUUUGGUAGUUAUCAAAGUAUAAAAUUAUUAAUAAUGGCAGGAAUAAAUCAAAAUUUACAAAAUAAUAAUGGAUUAAAACCAAUUGAUGUUUCAAUGUCAUUUCAAGUGGAAAAAUAUUAUAAUAAAUUACAAACAAUUCCAAAAGAUGAAUUAAAAUAUUUUGAUGAUUUCACAUCAAAUCAAAAUACUUCAACAACAACUGCAUCAACACCAGUGAUAACGUCAAGUGGAUCUUUUUCCAAUACUUCAUCUGCAUCAAUAAGGCCAACUUUAGGUAAUAGAACACAUUCAAAUUCAUUACCCCCAUUACCAUCCGUGACAACAGCACGUCGUUCAUCAAAUGCAUCAUUAAAUACAAGAUCACCAAUUCCAAGAAGUGCAAUCUCAUUAGGUUUUAAUGGAUCAAAUUCAAAUUCAUUUACAUUUUCACCAACACAAACUUCAUUCAAUAUAAAACCUCCACAACCAAAUUUAUCAAAUUAUCAAAUUCAUUCAGGUUCAAAUUCACCAGUUUUAGUAUCACCAAUUUCUGGAUUAGGAGUUUUCAGUUCAUCUGGAGGUUCACAACUUGCUCAAGAACAAGGUCAAGGAUCACAAGGACAAGGAUCACAACAAGGUGAUCGUCUUACAAAUACUAUAGUGGAAGAAGGACAAUCUGGAUUAGUAAAUUCUCAUUCAUUAAGUUCAUUCCCAUCAAUGUCAAGUCUUAAUUCUGGGAAACAAACACCAGAACAACAAUCAUUAACAAAUUAUCCAGAAAAAUUUAAUUUAAAUUUAAGUGGUGGUGGUAGAACAAGAUCAUCAACAAAUCAAUCAUUUAAUUCAUAUCCUCAACAACAACAACAACCUUCACAAAAAUCAAGAUCAAAUUCAUAUAGUUCAAUGAAGACAAAAUCUAAAGAACCUGGUAAAAUUUCACCACCAAAUUCAUCAGGAAAUUUAUCAAGAACAUCAACAACAACAACAGAUCAAGAUCAAGAUCAUGUUUCAUAUUUAGAACGUAAAGAAUCUCAAGGUUCUUUCAAUAGUUCAUUACAAAAUAUGAAUCAAAUUAGUCAAGUUAAUACUGGUAAUACAGGUAAUUCAACAAGUUCAGUAUUAUCAGGAUUUUUCGAUAAUGAAGGAUUAAGAAAUAAAUUAAAUAAUAAAUUAGAAAAUGUUUCAUUAGAAUUUAGGAAUAGAUCAAAUAGUGCAGUUAAUGGAGUUAAAAGAGGUGGUAGUGGAUUAUUAGAUAUUCCAAUUGCAAGUCUUAGAAGGAAAGAAUGA